AUGGUGGCAAAAAAUACUUUACCAAAUGGAGUUAAAAUAGUUACAAAAGAAUGUGUUCAAUCAGAAAAGUUACUUGAUGACAUUAAAUGUAAUUCUUGUAACUCGAGAACGAAAUCUGAGGUCAAAUCAUCUGGUGGUACUCAACAAGUUUUAAAAAAAAACACUUCCAAACAGCGAGAUUCUGGAAAAAAUAAAAAAGCGUUAUUGAAAAAAAAACCAGAAAUAGAUAAUGAGACAAAUAAAUGUAAAAGUGGGCUUGUUACAUCAUCAAAUAAUAAAAAAAUUAUCCAAGAAACUCGAAUUAAUAAUGCAGAUAAAUCGAAAAUUGUUUCUCUGAAUCAUAAGCUGACAGAAUAUUUUUCAGAUCUUAAAGUCAAUGAACAUAUUAAAGAGAAUGUUGAGAAAGUAUCAAAAAUAGAAAAAGUACAAAUACAAGAAUCCAAGCAGUUAAUUGCAAAUACCGUUACAAAUCAGAAGCAAUCAUCGGGAAAUUCCAAAAAUUCAGGGAAAAACAUAAAGCAAGAUAGAAAUAAAACUAAUUCGGAAUUAACAAAUCAUAAAGUUACUGACUAUUUUCAUGUACGUAGAAGUGAACGAAAGUAUACUAAAAAAGUCAUCGAUGAAAAGCAAAUAGAUUUAGAAAAUAAAAUUUUAAACGAAAUAGAGGAUGGUUUGGAAAUUAAAGAAUUUGAAGACAAAGGACGUGGCAUUAUUACAACAAAAGAAUUUUACAGAGGAGAUUUUGUUAUUGAAUAUAUUGGUGAUCUUAUACAUGGAGCUGUUGCUAAGAAGAGAGAAAUACAGUACGCAAAAAAUAAAAAUAUUGGUUGUUAUAUGUAUUAUUUUAAACAUAAAAACACUCAAUAUUGUAUUGAUGCAACUAAAGAAUCAGGUAAAUUAGGUAGACUUAUUAAUCAUUCUAGAAAAGGCAAUUUAGUAUCUCGAAUUGUUGAGAUCAACCAAAUACCACAUCUUGUUUUAUUUGCUAAAACAGAUGUAUCAAUUGGUACUGAAAUAUUAUAUGAUUAUGGAGAUAGAAGUAGAGAAUCUGUUCAAAAUCAUCCAUGGCUUACUUUAUAAAUUCAUUUCUAAGUAUUUGAAUUGAUGACUGCUUAGUUUUAGUUCUUGAUAAUAACUAUUAUUAUUAUUAUUAUACAUAUGCUUAUAUCGACUGAAUCUCU